GCGCCUCCACCGCAACGCGCCGCUGUUCCUGGAAACUCUGUGCGCUUUGGACGCUUUCAUCUCUUCUUUGCUCCGUUGGAUUGGACCUGCUGGAAACAUGUCAGGGUGAAACUGGAGUGAGGAGCGCGCUCGUCGGCACAACUGGAUGUCAUCUUCUUCUCUGCUCAAGUUGCGCUGUGCUAAUUGCGCGUCUGGGAAAAAAAAAAAGUAUCCAAUGCCGCUCUCUCUGCGCACCGAACCCAACUCAACUUCACGGUCCUGCCAGGAAAUUUAUAGGAGACUCAUUUGGACCAGCCAGGGAUCACAGUAUUAUAAGGAGUCACCUACAGUUGAGGGAGAAUGAGGAGUCACCGGGGCCGGGGGAAGCAGCAUGAGUGGCCCGUGCAGCUCCAUUAGACCGCUGGCCCUCAUGUUUCUAUGGAAGUACUUAACACUACAAAUCCUGCUCCAGAGCCAGGUGACCCCACGGGCCAGGGCCGCUGACCCCGCCGGGGCCGGCUUCAGUGGCUCCACCGGGCCUUUGGCCUGGCUCCUGUCCGACAAGGGUCCCUUUCACCAGUCACAGGAGUUUGUUGAUUUCACGGAGCGCUACCAGCAAGGAUUCACCACCAAGUACAAAAUAUACAGGGAAUUUGGCCGCUGGAAGGUGAACAGCUUGGCCCUGGAGAGACAAGAGAACAAUGGCUUUUCGUUACCGCUGGACCCCGAGUUUCUCCAGACCAUUAGGCAAGUGGGCAGGAGGCCCAGUCUCAGCGCCAUCACUGAUAACAUUAUCAGGAAAUACGGAACCCACUUUCUCCUCUCUGCUACGCUAGGAGGAGAGGAGUCGUUAAUGAUCUUUGUGGACAAGCGGAAGCUGAGUCGGCCGGCCGAGGUGAGUGAAACCAAUGGCACAGCGGUGACUUUGGAGAACCUGCACCAGCUAGCCGCCUCAUACUUCAUCGACAGGGAGAGCACCCUGCACAAGCUGCACCACAUCCAGAUCGCCUCCAAUGCCAUCAAGGUGACCGAAACAAGGACGGGCCCUCUCGGAUGCAGUAACUAUGACAACCUCGACUCUGUCAGCUCCGUUUUGGUUCAGAGCCCUGAAAACAAGAUUCAUUUGCAAGGCCUCCAGGCCAUACUGCCAGAGUAUCUGAGGACCCGCUUCGUCCAGGCAGCGCUCAGCUACAUUGGCUGUAACGAGGAGGGGCAGUUUGUGUGCCGCCACAAUGACUGCUGGUGCCACUGCAGCCCGGGCUACCCGCGGUGUAACUGCCCCCAGGAGCAUUUGAGGGCCAUGGAUGUGAGUUUGCAGCAAAUAAGAGACUCCUGGAAGAUGGCCAACCAAGAGUUUGAGGAGUCAGAUGAGUUUCAGAACUUUGUUCGGAGGCUUCCCACAUUCUACGCCCUGAACACGUCUGCCAUCCAGUACUUCUGGAAGAUGGAGGCGGCCGUUCACCAGCGCUACAAGCAACUGGAGCUCAGCAACCAGCAGCUUCUGAGCAAAGCACGACGCAUCAUCAACAGAGUCUUCACCCUCAGCAAGAGGUGUCAAACGCAGCCCAAAAUUAUCAUGCUGAGAGAGAGGCCCUUCAGUUACUGGCUGAAUUACAUCCUCUCCAUCAUGUACUGCAGCGAGAACAACCGCAUCGGCUCGUAUCUGGAGGAGACCAAAAGCUGCUCCUGUCCCUAUGAGCAUCCUCCCUGCCAGGGUGUGAUCCCCUGCACGGUGGGUGAGGGCACCGCCUGUGCAUCCUGCUCCUAUGAGAACCGCUCCCGCUGUGCCACCUGCAACCAGGGGUACAUGCUGAGUCAAGGCGUGUGUCGCCACGAAGUGCCCGACUCCACUGACCACUACAUCGGCUUUGAGACGGACCUGCAGGACAUGGAGCUACGCUACCUUCUGCAGAAACGUGACAACCGCAUCAGCAUUCAUGGAAUUUUUGUCAGCAAUGAUGUCAGGCUGAAUAACUGGUUCGACCCGUCUUGGAGGAAGAGAAUGCUACUGACGCUGAAGAGUAAUAAAUACAAGUCCAACCACGUGCACAUGCUCCUGGGUAUGUCUCUACAGAUCUGCCUUACCAAGAACACCACUUUGGACCCCAUGCUGUCUGUGUACAUUAAUCCAUUUGGGGGUAGUCACUCUGAGAGCUGGAUCAUGCCAACUGACCAGAACAGCUACCCGGACUGGGAGAGGACUAAGUUAGACCUUCCCUUUGACUGUUACAACUGGACAUUGACUUUGGGCAACAAGUGGAAAACAUUUUUUGAGACAGUCCACUUUUACCUACGGAGUCGAGUUAAAGGGCCCUCGAGUACUGGCAAUGGAACAGUAUAUUAUGAACCUUUAGAGUUUCUGGAACCGGGGCGAAAUCUUGGUUACAUGAAGAUCAACAGUAUUGAAGUGUACGGCUACAGUAUGCACUUUGACCCUGAAGCGAUCCAGGACUUGAUUUUGCAGCUGGACUACCCAUACACUCAGGGAUCACAGGACUCGGCUCUGCUGCAGCUGCUGGAGAUCCGGGAUCGGGUCAAUAGGCUCUCCCCUCCCGGAUCUCAGCCUCUGGACCUCUUCUCCUGUCUGUUGAGGCACCGGCUUAAACUGUCCACCACAGAUGUUGCCAGGAUCCAGGCGGCACUGCAAACGUUCAGUGCCAAACAGCCCAACUCAAUGGAAUACGAAACAACCAAAUUAUGUAGCUAAUCAGCAGGCACGUGGCCACGUGCACAGAUGGCAGCGCAGUUAUCACACAGGCCUGGAAAUGGUCACGAGAAAAUCUUGAGCAGUGCUGGGGACAUCUGGGGGACAUUUGUUGUAAAAGAUCUCGAGUGCAUUGUCAUGUCAGCUUUUGUAAAAAUUUGUACAUUGUAGAACUAAGGCGGAUUUCACCAAACUUGCCUCAUAGUUGUUAUUUUCAUGAAAAAGUAUACAUUUCUCUGCCAUUACUGAUAAGAUGCAAAUGUGCUGACAUUUGUAGAUUACACAAA